UUCGUUUAUCAAGUUUCUAGUUUUAAAAUGGCAGCAGGAGAAGGAACAGGAGGGGGGAGGAGAUGCAAGAAAUGGCAAACUCUUGCAGGUGCUUUGCUUGUGUCUUUUUUAGCCAUUAGUGCUUUGUGUUUAAGCUUGCGUGGAUCAGCUAAAGUAGCUCAGCUUGGUGAUUCUAAGGAGUCUUCAGCUGUGGAGGUGACAAGAGGAAGUAUUUUUUUUGAUCUGAAACCACUAGAUAAGCUUUGCAGUUCUGCUGGAGAAACUGAACUGGUUAAAACUGAUCUUAUUGAAAGGAUGGAUUACUUGACUAAGGAAGCAGAAUGGAGGCUCUUGAAUACCUCCCUCCAAUGCGGCCGUACAGAAAUGAAAUUGGAAGUUGAAGGACCUGGUUCUGCUGACUUGGAGCUUUACUUUGGUGACUCUUGCACUUUACCUCUAAGCAAAGUGCCACGGGUGUGUGGCUUUUUAGUAGAAGGGAACAGCACAAGCCUUACUUUGAUUGUUGACUAUGAAGGCUGCAAUGUCAAACAAGAGAAUGGGAGCAUUGUGGUGUUUUUAAGCUGGCGAAAGACGGCCAUAAAGCUUGCCUGUGCGGUGUUGCCAAGCCCUGACUCUACAGUUCCAUCCACUUCACCAGAGCCAGUACAGCAGUUCCUAGAAGCCACUUCGCCUCCCAAACAAUGGCCUCUCCGUCGGACCAAACGAUUCUUCAAGAAUCCCUAUCCGCAUAGUCCUUAUAAAGGAUACUAUUAUCAGCCCUACAUGCCCUAUGUGCCUUGUUUCGUUAUGCAGCCACUUACAACUACUACAGCACCACCCACAACGACAAGCCCACUGUUAAAUCCUGAUGUCUGGCGCAGGGUACUUAACCUUAACACUGUUCGUGACCAGAAUACUAUCCCUCAAAAUACUAUAGAUCGUUAUGUCCGUCCCAGGCCAGGAGACUGGCAUCAACUAAGGAAUCGGGCACAGCAAGCAAUUUUUCAAAAUUACUUGCAUAAAGCACUAGGGUUUCAGCCACAAAUUCAUCCUCUCAAUAAUGCAAUUUCCAACAUUCCACUACUAAAGCCUAAACCUUGUCGUAGAAGCUGGUUUGAUGGGAGUUGUCUGGACUCCGAUAACUCGGUUGGGCAAAUCUUAAACCUCCCUCUUUCAAGCCUGUCUUUUAAAAAUAAAGACCUAGGUGACCAGAAACCUGUUUACAGUAGAGUCAAUCGAAAGUCAAAUGUAAUCUGGGAUCAGCUUCCUUGGUUUAAAAACUAACCAAACUAGGGGAGCUGCAUCUUCCUACAGACUGUAAAUAAACUUCCUUAACCUUGUAACUGA